UUCCUUUCUCCAGGGUAUCUUACCAAUCCAGGGAUUGAACACAGGUCUCCCACAUUGCAGGUGGAUUCUUUACCAGUUAAGCCACAAGGGAAAUGCUCCUUAAUCAACCACCCCAAAACGUAGUGGCUGAAUGCAACCACUGAUUACUUUUCAUAAGUCGGUUGGGCAGCUCUGAUGUGGGUCAGGAUUGGCUGGGCUUGCUCAUGUUGUCUGCAUUCAGCUUGUGGGUCAGUUGGUGCUGACUAGUCUAGGAUGACCGUGGCUGGAUGGAUAGCUCAGCUCCACUCUGUGUGGUCUCACCCUCCAGCAGGUCACCUCUUGGUUGACCUGGAAGAGGAAUAGAAAACAUGCGUGGCUGCUGUCUUACUGGCCAAAGCAAAUCAUGUGGAUAAUAUAUCCAAAGGGAAUGAAUCCAGGGGGGUAUAAACAAACAGGGGCCAUUAGCGCACUUGAGUUUUUACAACAGGCAUAAAUUAUCCCCCCUAUUUGUAGAGGAGGAAAUAGAGGUUAGCAAUGUUGUUAGCAACUGGCCUACCUCCUGGUAUCUUUCUCUGCUGUGUUCUUUCUGGUGAUCUGCUGCAUGGGUUUGAGGAUGCUUCCCCAUCAACUGUAUGUUCCCUUCUUUUUCAUUAUUUGGUCUGAUUUGAAAGUCCAUGCAAAAUUUUGGGAACUAGCCAACUGGUUUUAAAAAACUCAAUAGAAUGACAGUAGGUCAGUAAAGUAAGUUUAUUUAUUAGAAAAUGAAGGGGAGGCAGAUAUAUAAUUGGAUGGAGCAUGAAGUUGUUUAGUCGCUAAGUUGUGUCAGACUCUUUUGUGACCCCACAGACUGUAGCCUGCUAGGCUCCUCUGAACAUGAGAUUUCCCAGGCAAGAAUACUGGAGUUGUUUGCCAUUCUCUUCUCCAGGAGAUCUUCCCCACCCAGGGAUAGAACUGGCGUCUCCUGCACCAGCAGGCGGAUUCUUUACCACUGAGCCAACCUGGGAAGCCCUGGGUGUAGCAUAAAUGGAAGAAAAUGAGACACGUCUAUAUUCUUCCUCUAUUUGCUGGCCUCCCUGAUUUUGCUUGGGUCAACUUUUCCUUCUUCUGCACGACAUUCUUUCUGGAUUCCGACACCAAGUCUGGAAAGGGCAAGAACCUAGUGUGGGCCUGAGGGAUUUUUUAGCCCUUUGACCUUGGACAAGGAAGUUUGCUCCAUUUACUCCUGUAUGAAAGGAGAGUAACACAGACGUGGGUUGUGCAGGUUAAAGGAGAUGUGCAGGUGAAGCACCCUUCCUGGGUUGAGGCUUUCUGUAGCCAAUGUGAUUCAUGGCUGCACUCCAAGCACCUCUCAGUGCCUGGAAAUGCAGAAGAGUCCACCUGCACAAUGGCAGUAGCUCUGGGUGAGCUGCCAGGCUGGGUGCAGAGUGACUGAACAGCAGGAGGGCUGUUAAUGGAUUUUAUGGCUUUGUUGAGUACUCCAAACUACAGUUAUUAAUUAUAGGAUGCUGUUUAGACACCGUUGCAGCAUAUACAUUUUGUUAAUUGAUUUGUAUAGGCUCAUAUCUAGCAACAUAAAGAAUGUGCCUACCACAAAGCACUGUAAUUGCCUUUUACUGCCUUUUUUGGCUUCUCACAGGAAUAAAGACUUUAAAGAGAGGACAGACAACUCUCCUGGGUCUUUGGAUGGACUAAUGUCUAAUUUAGUGUCCAGUGGCAGGGUGACAUUACCUGUCUAGGUGCUCAGUAAAAGGGAUGAAUCAAUGAAUAAAUAACUUUUGGUUCUCUCUGGAUUUCUCUACGUCCUUAUUUGAACCCUGACUUGUGUGUGAUAUUGGCACUGCACACAUGUAUGCGAAUACGGUCAAGGAUUUAUUGUGAGCCAUUAAUUAGUGUUUAUGGAGCACCUCUUUGAAACCUCUGUGGCCUGGGGUUGGGGAGGGUCGUCAGGAGUGCAUGGCCCUUGCACUCUGGGAACUGACAAUUACAAGCAUGACGUCAGGUAGCCAGGUCUUAAGAUACGUGCAGUGAAACAGAAAGGUGGUAACUUCUUGCCUGGGCACCAUACUGCAGCGAAGUUUCUGUCCCACUGUAGCCUCGGCAGGCCCAGCGCCCCAAGUCUGCCUUCUGUGAUCUGGUCCAUCAGCCUCCGGGAGCCUUGGCUGUCCCUGCAUCUCCAAGAUGGUGCGGACUCCGGCCACUGCCCUUCCGGUCCGCGGUGAUGCACACGGCUCCGCAACUCCGACCAGCGCUCGCAGCACUCGCGCUCUCCAACUCUAGCGUGGGCCGGGCGCCCUCCCCAGACCAGGCGGCAUGGAACGUCCAGAGUCCCAGCCACGGGCAGGACUGGCAGCAACACCCCCGCUUCUCUUGGAGCGGAUGUCAGCUUCAAGGGCGUGGCGGGGCCCGGCGCCCUGAGUCCCCGCGGGCGACGCUCAAACUCCCGGGAACCACUUCUGAGGGAGCCAGUCAUCCCUUUAGGCAGUUAUUUGCGAGCCGCAGCGAGAAGGGUGCGCGGCCAGAGGGCUCCCCGCAGCCGCCCACCCGGCCCUCUGGGAGCCGAGUCCUGCCUGGAACUGGAAAACUGGAGCUGGAGCGCCCCGAGAGCUCGAGGACGGCGGGCGAAGUUGGGGUCCGGGGCCGCGGAGCCGCGAGCUCACGGCCGCUGCCGUUGUCCGCGCCUCAUGAAUAUGCAGGAGCCACCUCCCCCCGUCCGUGACGUCACGGGCCGUCCCGGGGUGAGCGCCGGAGCCGCUCCAGGUCCGUGCCAGUGAGCGCGGCUGCUGCCGGCGGGCGAGCGGAGCGGCGGUGGACACCGGAGACCGAGCGCGGCGGCUCCCGAAGCGCACCCAGCGGCAGGGCGAGGCGGCCCGCGGCCCAGCACGGACCGGGAGGGGAGAGUCGGUGCGGGCAAUAGGCGGCGGCGGCAGCUCUGAGGCGGCGGCGGCGGCGGCGAGGAUGCUGACUGGAAGGCUGUGCUGGGUGCCGCUCCUGCUGGCGCUGGGCGUGGGGAGCGGCAGCGGCGGCGGGGACAGCGGGCGGCGCCGCCUCCUCGCGGCUAAAGUGAACAAGCACAAACCAUGGAUUGAGACUUCGUAUCAUGGAGUCAUAACAGAGAACAAUGACACAGUCAUUUUGGACCCACCAUUGGUCGCCCUGGAUAAAGAUGCACCAGUUCCUUUUGCAGGAGAAAUCUGUGCAUUCAAGAUACACGGCCAGGAGUUGCCCUUUGAGGCCGUGGUGCUCAACAAGACAUCUGGAGAAGGCCGGCUCCGUGCCAAGAGCCCCAUUGACUGUGAGCUGCAGAAGGAGUACACGUUCAUCAUCCAGGCCUAUGACUGUGGCACGGGGCCCCGGGAGACAGCCUGGAAGAAAUCUCACAAGGCUGUGGUCCAUAUCCAGGUGAAGGACGUCAAUGAGUUUGCUCCCACCUUCAAAGAGCCAGCCUACAAGGCUAUCGUGACGGAGGGCAAGAUCUAUGACAGCAUCCUGCAAGUGGAGGCCAUCGACGAAGACUGCUCCCCCCAGUACAGCCAGAUUUGCAACUAUGAAAUCGUUACAACUGAUGUGCCUUUUGCCAUCGACAGGAAUGGCAACGUCAGAAACACGGAGAAGCUGAGCUAUGACAAGCAGCACCAGUAUGAGAUCCUAGUAACCGCCUAUGACUGCGGACAGAAGCCAGCAGCGCAGGACACCCUGGUACAGGUGGACGUGAAGCCAGUUUGCAAGCCUGGCUGGCAAGACUGGACCAAGAGGAUCGAGUACCAGCCUGGCUCAGGGAGCAUGCCCCUGUUCCCCAGCAUCCACCUGGAGACGUGUGACGGGGCCGUGUCCUCCAUCCAGAUCACCACAGAGCUGCAGACCAACUACAUUGGGAAGGGCUGUGACCGGGAGACCUACUCUGAGAAGUCCCUUCAGAAAUUAUGUGGAGCCUCCUCUGGCAUCAUUGACCUCUUGCCAUCCCCCAGUGCUGCCACCAGCUGGACCAUAGGACUGCUGGUGGAUAGCAGUGAAAUGAUCUUCAGGUUCGAUGGCAGGCAGGGUGCCAAGAUCCCUGAUGGAGUUGUGCCCAAGAACCUGACCGACCAGUUCACCAUCACCAUGUGGAUGAAGCACGGCCCCAGCCCUGGCGUGAGAGCCGAGAAGGAAACCAUCCUCUGCAACUCAGAUAAAACCGAAAUGAACCGGCAUCACUACGCCCUGUACGUGCACAACUGCCGCCUCGUCUUCCUCUUGCGCAAGGAUUUUGACCAGGCAGACACCUUCCGCCCAGCAGAGUUCCACUGGAAGCUGGACCAGAUUUGUGACAAAGAAUGGCAUUACUAUGUCAUCAAUGUGGAGUUUCCUGUGGUCACCUUAUACAUGGAUGGAGCAACGUAUGAACCAUACCUGGUGACCAAUGAUUGGCCCAUUCAUCCAUCUCACAUUGCCAUGCAACUGACAGUCGGCGCUUGUUGGCAAGGAGGAGAAGUCACCAAGCCACGAUUUGCUCAAUUCUUCCACGGCAGCCUGGCCAGUCUCACCAUUCGCCCUGGCAAAAUGGACAGUCAGAAGGUGAUUUCCUGCCUGCAGGCCUGCAAGGAAGGGCUGGAUAUCAAUUCCCUGGAAAGCCUGGGCCAAGGAAUAAAGUAUCAUUUCAACCCCUCGCAGUCCGUCCUGGUGAUGGAAGGUGAUGACAUCGGGAAUAUCAACCGUGCCCUCCAGAAGGUCUCCUACAUCAACUCCAGGCAGUUCCCAACUGCGGGAGUGCGGCGCCUGAAAGUCUCUUCCAAAGUCCAGUGCUUUGGAGAAGAUGUGUGUAUCAGCAUCCCCGACAUAGACGCCUACGUGAUGGUGCUGCAGGCAGUCGAGCCCCAGAUCACCCUCCAUGGCACAGACCGCUUCUGGAGACCUGCCGCCCAGUUUGAAAGUGCCAGAGGGGUGAUCCUCUUCCCUGACAUCAAGAUUGUGAGCACCUUCACCAAAGCUGAGGCUCCCAGUGACUUGAAGACCACAGGUACAGCCCCCAAAUCAGCAGUUUUAGAAGAAAUGCUUCACAACUUAGAUUUCUGUGACAUUUUAGUGCUGGGAGGGGACUUGGACCCCAGACAGGAGUGCUUGGAGCUCAACCACAGUGAGCUCCACCAGCGACACCUGGAUGCCACCAACUCCACAGCGGGUUACUCCAUCUACGGUGUGGGCUCCAUGAGCCGCUACGAGCAGGUGCUGCGUCACAUCCGUUACCGCAACUGGCGUCCGGCUGCCCUGGAGUCCCGGCACUUCAGGAUCAAGUGCUCAGAACUCAACGGGCGCUACACCAGCAAUGAGUUCAACCUGGAGGUCAGCGUCCUCCAUGAGGUCAGAGUCCUGGACAGUGAGCACGUCAACCACCUUAUCGCGCAGCCACCAUUCCUCCAGUCCGUCCACCACCCGGAGUCCCAGGCUAGCAUCCAGCACAGUUCAGUGGUCCCAAGCAUUGCCACAGUGGUCAUCAUCAUCUCCGUGUGCAUGCUAGUGUUUGUCGUGGCCAUGGGCGUGUACCGGGUCCGGAUCGCCCACCAGCACUUCAUCCAAGAGACUGAGGCUGCCAAGGAAGCAGAGAUGGACUGGGACGAUUCUGCACUCACUAUCACGGUCAACCCCAUGGAGAAACACGGAGCCCCAGGGCAUGGGGAAGAGGAGACUGAGGAAGAGGAGGAGGAGGAAGAAGCGGAGGAAGACAGCUCCAGCAGCAGCGAGUCCGAGGGCAGCGAAGAGGAGGAGGAAGGGGCGGGCAGGGGCAGACAUGGGCAGAGUGGAGCCAGGCAAGCCCAGCUGGAGUGGGACGACUCCACCCUCCCCUACUAGUGCCCGGGGCCACGCCCACCCACCUGUCCGUUUUGUAAGCCCUGCCCCGAUGUACACCCCAGCCUAUCACAUGUCGCCUCUAAUUUCUAUGAUGGUCCCGGCAGGCCUUCCCCAACAUUCUGGAACCCAUGUUUUACGCCUUGGGCACUGCUCGUGUCCCAGUCCUGGGGCAGUUUCCAGAAGCCCAGCGUCAUCCUCAGUGGGGAUUUCAGGGUGAACUUUUUCCUGUGACCCCCACUUCUCUGGCCCUGGGCUCACCCAGCAUUCUGUUAACUAGAUCUGUGGGUUCUUUCUGUUUGCUCCUCCCCUGUAGGGGAGAAGGUCAGCCUUUAUGUUGCUCCCCAACUGGGGCUCCGCUUCCCCAGGGCUCUUAGGUUCCAACCCACUGUGCGAGCAUGGACUCCAUGUUCUCUCCAAACAGUCUGGCAGGUUCUCCUCACCUGACUCUCUAGGCUGCUUCCUACAGGCAGGGUGGUCAGACUCCACACACGGGAGGUCUAAGUCCUCUGCACAUCAAAGGAACAUCCUUACCCAGGUGGAAUUAAGUUUGCAGGACAGGUUAGCUUGGGCUCCCCUCACCCCACACACACAUUUGCUCUCUCAUUUUGGAGAGCCUUUUCCUUUGUUCUUCUUGAGGCCAUAGAAGCUUAUAUGAAAAGUCCAAAACCAAGAAUAGGUCCUUGGCCACAGCAGGGCCUGGUUCCCACCAAAGCGCUCUGAGAACCUGCCUUGCUGGCAGCCACUGAGACCUGCAGGGCUGCCCUACUGGCAGCUCCCACCACAGGACACCAUGGAGGCCAGAAAGCAUUCCACACAGCUACUGCCCCCGGCAGCAACUGAGACAAGCCUACAGCUGGGGAGCAGAAGGAAGGGCUGAGGAGAUGGUACGACUGGGCUGUAUGGUGGACACAGAGCUGGGUGACGAGGGUGGCUGGGCCCUCCCAGGCCAGAAGGUGGCCCCGAAGUGGACAAGGUUCUCACCGUCUAGUCUUAGGGUCCCUCAUCCCCUAGUUCACAGUUCUGCCUCUUGAGAAGAUACAUUCCUCUUGGAUGUAUUGGAACAAGCAUGGACUGCUUUGAGUCUAAAACAAGAGUUUGGAGAUUAAACUGCUAGGAAUUAGAAGCAUGUUUGCCAUAAUAACAGCUUUUUUUUUCUUCUCAGAAAAGGAGCAGUGAUUUAGGUGGAUGGCAGAUAUAUCCAAAAACCUAGUUUCUUUCUUUCUGCUCUUUUUAAAUAAGAAAAUCUUUUCCAUCUCCAUCUUAACGUGGACACUUUUGGAGCAGAGUUGUUGCUAUAGUAACUGGUCUGUGAUCUUUUGCGGCCAAGAAGAUAACAGGCAAGAACUAGAGCUGUUACAGGACUUCCACGAGGCUCUGCGAAUGUCUUUGUUUCAAAUGUCUUGGGCUUUUUUGUCCUUAGUAUGUAUGAUCUAUCGCCGAACUCUCCCCACACCCAUCCCCCAACCACCUCAUAUUGGCUUGGCACAGCAAUAGAGCUGGUCCACAGGCACAGGGCAUUCAAGUUCAAAAGAAAUGUAUUCGCUCUAUUUGCUAUGUUACCAACUCAGAGAGAACUUAUGAAGGGGGACCACCAUCAGUGUCCUUUAGUCUGACCUCCACCCCGUAAGGAUCCAUGACAGGUCUUUCUGAUUCGAGGAAACCUUCUGAUUUGAGGGGACCACCUUAGGCAGCCUUUUCCAUCGCCUAGAGUGAUUUUUGCAUCUCUUCUCUCCUUUGAGCCUCCAAUUAUCCCAUGAGGUAGUGGGGACAUCUAUUAUUAGACCCAUUUUCAUGUUAAGUAAACUGAGCUUCAGAGAUUCAGCAUCUUGCUCAGAGUUUUUCUGACGCAUCAACUAGAUGGGACUCCCCACCAUCCACUCCUUGCCUAGGGCCUGCCACUCUGAUUCUACUUAUUUGUGUUCAUGAACUAAGAGGCAUUGCUGGGAAUCUGCUGUGUGCUAAGCGCUCUACCAGCAGCUGUGGGAAAGGAAGAAAGCAGACAAUAAACCCCUCCUCCCCUUAGAGGACUUGAUAGCUGCAGAGGAGAAAUAGGCAUAGAAAUCAUGUAAGAGACAAAUGCAGAGGGAGAGGGAGAAGUCACAGGAAGAAGAGGGACUCAUUCGCAAACUCAACCCAUGCUCUCAUUUUUCCCUUCUUAGAAGCACCGGCAGAAGUUUGGGGUUUUCUAUUCAUUGAAUGGAAAUAGACGCCUCUGUGAAUUUCCCCAAUAGCCCUUUUCUAUCAGGCUGGGUCUAUGCAUCUACUAGAAGAAAAUCUCGGGGUUUUACUCCUUACAAUCCCCUUAGUUAAAUAAAGAGAUCCUUUAGUUAGGCCUUCA